AUGAUAUCCACUAGAGAAUUAAGAAUGCAGCUGCGGGACAUAUUAAUAAGUUUGCCCGGGCAGUUGAAAUUACCUUUUGAUGUAAAUUAUAUAUCACUCUACGAAUUAAGUAAGACGUCAAAACUGGCUAUAGUAUAUAUUAAUGGAACUCUCGUAUUAGAGUUAGUAAUUCCAUUACUAAACCCAGUAGAAUUAACACUAUACCACAUAAUAAAAUUGCCGGUACGUAAAGAACAGCUAUAUAUGCAUCUCACACCCGAAUGCGAAUACAUGGCCAUUUCAAAAACACACGAGUACUAUUUAACAAUUUCCGUGAACCAUUUAAUGAACCGUAAGAAUUAA